AUGGCUGCCAUGGCCACGGCUGUGGCUGAUACGGCUGGCAGCUCUUGGGACGACGUUUUGAGUGAUGAACUCAAGGUUCAGGACGAGUUUUGUGCCGAUGUUGAAUCUUGUGAUGUGGUGCGGACACCUAGCGAUGGUGACAGUUCGGCCACAGCCAGCUGCCACUCCAGCCAAAGGCAACCCUGUACCUGGUGGGCCGUUGUUCUGAAAGCUGCAGGGCGUGAGCUAGGCUACACUGACUGUGAGACUGACCCGCCUUCCUCGCAGAGUGGCAGUGUUCGUCUAGUUUCAGCUUGCUCUGGCUGCAGCGCUGAAUCCUGGGCAAUGAAGGGGCUGGGCAUCGGCUUCCACCUGCUGGCGGCAUGCGAUACCAAUGCGGACUACCGACAAUUCGUACGGGCCAACUUUCCAGGGGAGUGCAAGCAUCUCUUUCUUUCUUUAGAGGAUCAGUUGACCAAGGGCACCGACUGUGAGAUCUGCUCAAACAACAGAACCACAUGCGAGCACCAUGAUGCCAGCCUGCCUGUGGACAUUUUAGUCACUGGGUCGCCAUGUGAUCCCUUUAGCAAGUACCGAUACAAGCGGUUCAGCGACGGUAGCGUAAAACACCACGCCGACUACCAGACCACGAUGACGACAGUGGUGACACUGUACCAAACGUACCAGCCCAAUGUCGCGAUAAUGGAACAGGUCAUGGGGUUCUUGAUGCCGCUCCAGACUGGGUCCAAGGAGACGCCGUGCCAGAGGCAGGGCAGUGCCACAGAAGCUGUCUGA